CACCCGCGGCCAUGGGGCGCCGGCGGCGGGCGUGUCUCGGCGGGGGCGGCGGCGGCGGCGCGGCGUGACAGCCUGUGCUCCACCACGUCGUCAUCGGGCGGCUCCCGCACGCCCCACAACGGCAGCGCCAGCGGCGGGCCCUCCGACGACGGCGACGACGACGACCUCACGCUCAACGAGAUGCUCGGCCGCUACGACGAGAGCUACGUCUACGAGAAGGAAACGGACAUCCUGAGCGACAGCGACCCCACGGAUUGCGACGAGGAGUACGGCGACGAGGAGGCGGCGGACGCGGACGACGACCCGGAGGCCCCCGGGCGCGCGGGUGGCGACGAGGAGGACGUGGACGACUUCGACUUCAUCGACACGGGCGCGUGCGCGGGCGCGGCGGACGGGCCCGGCGCGGGCGCGGGCGAC